CUACAUUUAUUUGUAUUCCCUCUGAGCUGAGCCGUUUGGCAUCUGAAAAUGGGUAAUUGUUACUGUAUUACUUUUUCAACUCAAAAUUCAUGCACUGUAGCUCGCAUCAUCAGAGAGGGUUUUUGUUAAGUGUUUUUCAGAUGCUCUGAUAAUAAGUGAAGCCUUUUGACUUUCUAGGGAGCUCUGACAUAUGGGCUUACAAAAUAACUUUCUUUUAGGAGAGCAGGCCCUUGAAGUUCAAGGGCCACAAUUUUCCUCAAUCUCCUCUUUUUUUUUUUUUUUUUUGGCAAGACUAGUUUUUGCUAGGCAUGCCACAAAACUGCAGAUGCUGAGCAUUCCUGUGAUAGCUGCAGUGUGAAUAUUUUGCUUUGUUCAUGUUUUGAGUGCUCCCUGUGAAUUAGGCUGUCUUUUGUUUUCCCUUGGCAGUUAAUAUGCUAGAGCUCUUGUUAGCCUAUAUGGAACUCCUUAUUUUAAUGAGACCAACUUCUCUACUGGCUGUUCUGCUGUUGUUUUAUUUUUUUUUUUAAUCAAUGAAGCCUCUUAUUGAGCUUCUCUUAGGACAAUAGCUUUCUUAUGUCAAAGGAAAACGUAUUCCCCUGGACAAAGCUGUGGGAAGCAUAACAUGCUCAUUAGUAAUGCUUGGUAUAUACCCUUCCUUUCCCUUGUGCAUUCAUAGAAGGAAAAAUGACAUCAAGGAGAGGAUGUCUCUUUUGUUUUUUUUUUUUUUUUUUUUUUUUUUUUUUUUUUUCUUCCCUUGAAAUAAAAGGAAGGGGCAAGAAAGAUAUCACUUAGAGUGUCUCUGAUAAGGUCUGAGAAGUGCUAGCAGUUCUGGUACAAGGGAGUGUCUUCACCUGAAACCAAACUGGUUACUCAUUUGCCAGUUGUAGAGGAGGAGAAACUAAUGUAAAGCAGAUGACCAUGCAGAAUGCAGUUCAGGUGUGGUUUGGCGACGAGCUUCCCUUGAGCCCCCGGAGCCCUCUGGCUGCGAGGCACGGGCCGGGUUUGGCGGAUGUGUGCCUGUAUGACCAGUGGAUAUCUGUGCGGCACGAGGCCACUUUGGUGCCUAUGCAAGAAGAUCUCUCGCUCUGGCUGUCUGGCUUGCUGGGAAUGGAAGUCAAAGCAGAGCAACUGCUAGAAGAACUUGAUAACGGGGUACUGCUUUGCCAAUUGAUUGGUGUUCUUCAAAACACAGUUAAAAAAUGUUGUAGCACAAAUAACUUAAGGAAUUUUCCUAUGAGAAAAGUUCCAUGUAAGAAGGAUGCUCCAUCAGGAUCUUUUUUUGCCAGAGAUAAUACAGCCAACUUUCUUAACUGGUGUAGAGCCAUUGGAGUUGAUGAGACAUACCUCUUUGAAUCUGAAGGCUUAGUGUUGCACAAGGAUCCCAGACAAGUGUAUCUUUGUCUGCUGGAAAUUGGGCGCAUUGUAUCCGGGUAUGGAGUUGAACCUCCUGUACUUGUCAAAUUAGAGAAGGAAAUUGAGCUAGAAGAAACCCUGCUGAUGACCUCUGAGCCACCAUCACCUCUUAGCACACCAAAGUCAUGUUGUCACCAUGGGGAGUUACACGAGGCAGUAAAACAUAUAGCAGAAGAUCCUCCCUGCAGUUGUUCCCAUCGAUUUUCAAUUGAAUACUUAUCAGAGGGACGUUAUAGGCUGGGUGAUAAAAUACUCUUCAUACGAAUGCUACAUGGCAAGCAUGUGAUGGUACGUGUUGGUGGAGGCUGGGACACCCUUCAAGGUUUUCUGCUCAAAUAUGAUCCAUGCCGAGUGCUUCAGUUUGCAACUCUAGAACAAAAAAUCCUGGCAUUUCAGAAAGGGGUCACCAGUGACAGUGUCCCCAGCUUGUCAGCUAGAAAUCAGGAGCCUCCUCUUAUGAAUCCAAUGUCAGCUGUCAAUAUGUUUCAAAAGCAGCCAUCAAAACCUCCUACUCCUGGGUUAGGUCUUGGGGCCAGUGCCAAGAAGGCUUUAUCUAAACGUCCUCAGUCCCCUGCCCUGGCAUCACCAAGAGUGCCAGUGACUCCAUCUUCCACUGCUAAGUCAUCAACAGCCAGGCCCAAAUUACAAGGGUCCUCAGCAACAGGUGUGCAGCCUCCUUUCAAACCAUUAGCUGGCACCUCAAGGAAACUGGAGUCUCCUGCCUGCAACUCACCAGCUUCUGCUCCUUCACAGCCUGGAGGCAAAAGUUCUUCACAUACAGGACCAGGAACAGCUCUUGCUCCCUCUGAAGUGUUGCGCAAACGUAUUCGGUCCCCUGAUGCUACCAAGGUGAAAUUUGCUCUUCCUCGGGGCUCCCCAGCACCAGCACUCCAUCCUGUCCUCUCACCCUCUAAAAAACAACCAUCUCUCUUGUCUGGGACAGCUGGAACAAUGACUUCGAAACAGAAGAGUGUCCCUGCUAAAUGCAAACCUGUAUCUGCCACUAAAACCAAAGCAAAUUCCGUCGCUCCCAGGGCUGCUCGGCUGCCAGUUACAAAUCUGCGCUCUGUUGCCAAGUUUGCACAUUCUCAGCAACUCCUGACAAAACCUCCUGAAAACGAUGGUAUUCAGAUCUCAGAUGCUGGGUCUCAGCAUCCUCAGAAAUCCCCACAAAAAACUUCUCACCUAGCAAGGAACUUGAAAACUGCUUCUGAGCUAAAACUUUCUGCUUCUGCACCUUCCCUUGCAGUUAGCAAAGCAUCAAAGUCACCACCUCCAUUGUUACCUACAAGCAAAAAUGUGUCAUCAGCUGGCAGCAAGCAGCCAAAUGCCAGCAAUCCCCCCCAGGUUGGACCCUCUUUACCCAAACCUGCUGAACGCACACCUUUGUCUGUUGUACGGCUGCCUCAAACUUCAGCCAAAGCGGCAGGGACCAAAAAGCCAGCACAGCCUUCCACAAAAGGUCAGCGUUCAACCAAAAAUUUGCAAACAAACAAAAGCUUGGCCCCAGCAGCCAAGAAGCCGCUCCCAAAGGAGCAGGCAUAUAACAAAGAAACACCUGGUGUGUCAAAAGUUCCUCUUCUGAAGAGCAGGCAAGAUGAUCACUAUUUUGUUAUGACAGGGACUAAAAAGGCCAGAAAGUAAAUUCAUUUCUUACUUUC